ACUAAAAUUAAUAAAAUUAAUAUUUCUACCAGCUCUUUUCUUUUUUCUUUUUUACAUUUUUUUUUCACACCAACUCAGUUUCUCUUGUUUGUUGUCCCUCUCAAACCUCAAAGAUAACACAGGAGAAAACAAAAAUUCCAACAACAACAACACAACAAAAGUAUAAUUCAUCAUCACUUACAAAAGACAGAGAGAUAUACAUACGUUAUACAUAUAGAUAUACAAUUUCUUGAUCCAUUUUAUACAAUUUAUAUCUCUCUGUUUAACAAUUUUGAGUGACAAAAAAAAAUGUCAAAAGAAAUAGAAAUGAGUGGUGAUCAACAUGAUCAAGAGGAAACUUCUCCUUUGAUUCCUCCACCUUUGAUUAUUCAGCCUAGUCUUAAUAAUAUCAAUAUUAAUGAUGAUAUAAUUGACCUUGAAGCUGGUCCUGGUGAACAAAUUCAAUGUCGUAUUUGCCUUGAAUCUGACGGUAGGGAUUUUAUAGCGCCAUGCAAGUGCAAGGGAACAUCAAAGUAUGUCCAUCGCGAGUGCCUUGAUCAUUGGCGUUCUGUCAAGGAAGGAUUUGCCUUUGCCCAUUGCACUACUUGCAAAGCUCCCUAUUACUUGAGAGUUCAUGGUCAUGAUGAUAGAAAAUGGCGAACUUUGAAGUUUCGAUUUUUUGUAACCAGAGACAUUUUAUCCAUAUUUCUUGCGGUUCAGCUUGUUAUAGCUUCAUUGGGAUACUUAGUUUACAUCAUUGAUACAUACAAGAAGUCUUGGCUUCGUUUGAUUUGGGGAUUCGAUAGUGAACUAAGCUUCUAUUACAUAUGCGGGGCCCUAUUGUUUUUCGCUUUGCUGGGCCUGUCUGGUUGCUUCAUAACUUGUUUCGACCGAAGAGUGCGCAAUGAUUUGGCUCAGCCCUGCCGCGAAGUGUGCCUUUGCUGCUGUCAUCCCGGAGUCUGUGCCGACUGUCAUUUGCCUGGUACGAUCUGUAUAUGGACUGAUUGUACCACAUGCUUUGAAGGUUGUGCUAGUAUGGCAGGUGAAUGUGGAGGUUGCAUAGGAGGUGCCGGUGAAGCUGGGUUGCCAUUUUUAGUUAUAAUGGCUCUAGUCGUGCUUGGAUUGUUUACUAUCAUCGGCAUAUUUUACAGUGUUUUGGUUGCUACGAUGGUCGGACAGAGAAUCUGGCAGCGCCACUAUCACAUACUUGCAAAAAGAAUGCUUACCAAGGAAUACGUCGUGGAGGAUGUUGAUGGUGAGGAUACCGAAAAUGAUUGGUCCCCUCCACCUCUCCCGGAGGAACAUGUUCAGCAACUGAAAGCGCUGAAACUUCUGUAAAACUUCAAGAUGGUCGACAAACUGCCAUCUCUUUUGGGGCCUCCUGUGUAGUCCUCGAGUUUAUGCAUCUAGAUAACGACACAAUUUUUCUUAUUGAUCGAUAGAAAUCUCAGUGAAUCCGGUAUUGUUCAUAGUUUAUGAAUGAUCACAGGUAAUUGUCAUGAAAAUUACUUAAAUCAUUCUAGUUCUGAAUGAUCAUAUAUAAUUGUCAAUAAAGCUGAUCAUUAACAACCUAA